GGAUUGGACUUCAAUUUAAAUUUCUCUAUUGUUUGUUUGUUUUUGCUCUAUGUACAAGCAACAUGAUUCCAUUGUUCCACUGUUUUAAAUAGAAAAUAACCAGAUGUGGCCUGAACUCUUCCAUCAUUUUACGCAAGAGGCAGUUAGGUUUAUUUAGCUCCAUCAGUUAUUGCAGACCUGCAGAGAAGGAAGCAUGUCUUAGGCAGGCCAGCCCUAUGCUUUCAAAAGGAACACUCCAAAAUUCUAGUGUUCUACUGGUGGACUCCUGGCAAAUAAGGCAUAAAAGAGGCUGAUCCAUGAAUUAAAGGUGAAUUGCAUGCAGAGAAGGAAACUAGAAAUUGGGAGCCCAGAUUCCUCAGUUUCUGGAAGCAACCAUUUUAAACUGAUAGCGGCAGACACUGCCUGUGAAAGAAUAUUUACACUGAAUGAUGUGGAACAUGGAAGGUGCAAAUAUGGUAUUGUCAACCUUAGCGGCUUGGGGAAGAAUUCUCUUACUGUGGAGAUGUAUGACAACCUCUAUUUCACAAACCGCAAGGUGAAUUCUCUGUGUUGGGCCUCUCUAAGUCAUCCAGAUUCUCAUAUUUUGCUCUGCCUCAUGGGCACUGCAAAAACUCUAGGCUGUGCCUGCCUGCUCCCAGCAUCCUUGUUCAACAACUCUAAUGCAGAAGACCAACUUGGAAUGUUGUGCAGCUUCAAGAUCUCCACAGCCUGGUCCUGUGCUUGGUGUCUGAAUCCUCAGGCUGAUAACUGCUUUAGUACAGGUUUAAGUAGACGAAUCCUUGUGACGAAUGCAGUGACUGGUCAUCGCCAAACAUUUAAUACCAGCAGUGAUGUCUUAGCACAGCAGUUUGCCACCCAGACACCAGUACUAUAUAAUGGCUGCCGUUCAGGGGAGGUUUUCAGUAUUGAUAUCCGUCAGCACAGCCAUAGAAGUCAAGGAUGGAAUGCUGUUCGCCUCUUUCAUGAUUCAGCAGUCACAGCUAUUAACCUUUUGAAGACAGAGCAGUACCUCAUGGUUGCAGACAUGGCAGGCCGGAUAAAACUCUGGGACCUGAGAAAAUUAAAAUGUGUGAAAGAAUAUAGAGGUCAUCACAAUGAGCAUACUGUUCUCCCUUUACACAUCAGUGAGGAAGAAGGACUUCUUACAGCAGUGGGUCAAGAUUGUUACACAAGAAUUUGGAGUCUCCAAGACGCUCAUUUGCUACGGACUAUCCCUUCUCCAUAUCCAUCUGCCACAGAUUCCAUCCCAAGCGUGGUCUUCUCAUCAAGGCUUGGAGGCACCCGAGGGGUUCCUGGUCUGCUUAUGGCAGUCAGACAGGAUCUCUAUUAUUUUUCCUAUAAAACAGAUGAUCCAUAUUGUAUCCAUACCAAGAACAUGGAUUUUUCUUCCCUGCUUAGCAAUUGAAAACAAAAAUGUGAUUGUGUCCACAGAUUGUUAUUGGAUUGACAUGGACUGUAGAUGUUACCUUCAACAUUCUGGACUUCAAUAAUUUCAGGAACCCUUCUUUUUUCAUUUUUUCCUAACAUACUGUAAAGUCAAAACUGAUUAUGGGGAGCAUAGUUGCUCUUUCCAAGCACAGUUAGUUCAUUCUUUGUAUGUGUAUUGUUAAAGCUCAUAGGAGAAAAUUUCUAGUAUUGCCGUGUUUUCCUAUGUACUUUCUAUAGUUUAGAGAAUUUUUAGGAGUUGCCUAGCAAUGAGUGCUGCCUCUCUAGUAGAAGAGUCCUAUUUCAUUAGAGGAGGAAAACAAUUUGCAGGAUUUUUGCCUUCAUGAGGGAUAGUUACCAUGAAUGGUAGUGGAUAGGGAAAUCCCUCUAGUUCUACUGUUGUUAUGCUUAAUGUGGCCAGUUCAGUACACCAUUUUCUGCAUUCGAAGGAAGAGCUAGAUGGAUUUAAUUGAAGUUUUAAUAGCCUUCAGCAAAUGUUGAUGAUUGAAAUCUAGAAGUCAACUUUCUUGCCUUAAACUCCUAUUAAAAAUAAAUCUAUUUCAACAUA